GCAGGCUGGCAACGUUCGGGUAGACGAGAGUCAGUGGACACGUGUUUAGCUACCCACUCCGGCCCGGUGGCUGUUCGGUUCGGGCCGUGCUCGGCUCACGCAGCCCUCAAGAAUGCAAUCAUGAGACAAUUAGAGAGCAGCACGGGAAAAUCUAUAAUCAACUCCCCGAGGGAUGAGGUCAAGGCUGCCGCGAGGGCUGCCCGUCUGCGCCAGGGUCUGCGGAGGGCGGUGACCCACAGCCACGCCCGGGCCAGGCUUGCUCCGGCGGGUCCCGACUUCGGUGCCCGACGUCGGGGGGACCCCGUGUCCCAGCUGGCUUGUCGCAGGGUCUCAGAGCAGUCGUAUAAGGGGGCAACCCCGGACGACGAUCGCGGCCCAGAGGGAGGGGGUCAGUUAAAUAGCCUCUGAUGGGGGCACCCCUGCUCCUCUUCCCGCCCCUGCGGCCGGCUAGCCCGGGUGGUCAUCCUCAGCCAGACCGGGAUGACCCCCAGUCCCUCCUAAUCAUGCCUCGGGUUACCAGGCGGCCUGGAGGGCAGCGGGGAGAGCCCUUCGAGGUUCUGCGGGCCGCCAGAUCAAACCCCGGGGGCGCCCCACCCCGACCCCUGCGGCACUCUGGAACGUGUAACCCGGGAGGCCCUUUGCAAAGUCGGGUGGUGAUCACAGAAGAGAAUAACAAGAGCGGAGCAUCCUGGGAGCCGGGCGCCGCGGGUACGGCCGGAAGGCGGACACGCGGUGCUUCCUGGGACUUGGAGUCCCGGGCUCGCCUCCGUGAUGGAAGCGGAGACCCGGGAUUCGAGCACUGCGGAGAGCCGGGCCGCGGCCUCCUGGGGGUUGUAGUCCUGGUGACUGACGUUCCGGGCCGCUCUUUCUAGGUGCGGCGGUCUUUGGACUACAAGUCCCAGAAGCCCGCGCGCGACCAGGAGGGCGGGCAGGGCUGGGGACUGGGGUACCGCCUCCUCUGCAACGCCGUGGCCAGUCUUAGAACCGAGGGCCCGCAGGGGUCCCCGCGGCCGCCGCGAUGCAGAAAUACGAAAAACUGGAGAAGAUUGGGGAAGGCACCUACGGAACAGUGUUCAAAGCCAAAAACCGGGAGACGCAUGAGAUUGUGGCUCUGAAACGGGUGCGGCUGGACGACGAUGACGAGGGGGUACCGAGUUCCGCCCUCCGGGAGAUCUGCCUCCUCAAAGAGCUCAAGCACAAGAACAUCGUCAGGCUCCAUGACGUCCUGCAUAGCGACAAGAAGCUGACGCUGGUGUUUGAGUUCUGCGACCAGGACCUAAAGAAGUAUUUUGACAGCUGCAAUGGUGACCUAGAUCCAGAAAUCGUGAAGUCCUUCCUCUUCCAGCUGCUCAAGGGCCUGGGAUUCUGCCACAGCCGCAACGUGCUGCACCGGGACCUGAAGCCCCAGAACCUGCUCAUCAACAGGAAUGGGGAGCUCAAGCUGGCAGACUUCGGCCUGGCACGAGCCUUUGGCAUCCCCGUGCGCUGUUACUCUGCCGAGGUGGUCACACUGUGGUACCGCCCGCCGGAUGUCCUCUUCGGGGCCAAGCUGUACUCCACGUCCAUCGACAUGUGGUCAGCCGGCUGCAUCUUCGCAGAGCUGGCCAAUGCGGGACGGCCCCUCUUCCCAGGCAACGACGUGGAUGACCAGCUGAAGCGGAUCUUCCGGCUGUUGGGCACCCCUACAGAGGAGCAGUGGCCCGCCAUGACCAAGCUGCCCGACUAUAAGCCCUACCCCAUGUACCCGGCCACGGCGUCGCUGGUGAACGUCGUCCCCAAGCUCAAUGCCACAGGCAGGGACCUGCUGCAGAACCUUCUCAAGUGCAACCCGGUGCAGCGCAUCUCGGCAGAGGAGGCCCUGCAGCACCCCUACUUCUCCGACUUCUGCCCGCCCUAGGCGCGGGCCCGGGCUGCCAGGCUGGGGCCUGGUCUCUCGCCGCCCCCAGGAGGGCAGGGUUCGAGCCCCAGCUGUGCUGGGCGGGGGGGCUGGGGGGGCCGCGCAGGCCCUUCACUCCCUCCAUGGAUUUUAUUGAAUUUCAUAAAUUGGCUCCUUUCCCAGA